AUGUUCCCGUACGGCGCUCCGCGUCCGCGGCCGUUGCGCAAUAACAGCGGCGCACCGCCCAUGAUUCUGUACUCGCCGCCGCCACCGUAUGGUGGCAUCGGAUACGGCCCUUUCGGGGAGCCUAUACUCCUUCCGCCGCCGUACGCCGCUGCCCUGCCGUACCCGCCGUACUACGGCGGACCCGCCGGCUUCGGCAACACCACGCCAAUGCACGCCGUCCACGCUGUGCAGGGAGUCGACUUCGACGCGGCGCGCGCACACGGCGUCAGCUCGGCGGCGUUCGGCGCGAAGCUCGCCGAGAUCCUGACGUCGGCGCCGCGCGGGGCCGGCGACGUCGAGCUGACGUGGGUGGCCUUCGGCGGCGCCUACGACCUGGCCUACCUCGUCAAGAUGCUCGACGGCGGGCAGCCACUGCCGGAGACGAGGCAGGGGUUCGUGGUGCGGGUCAGGGAACUCCUCGGCGGACGGGUGUUCGACGCCAAGUUCAUGGCGGAGAACUGCGGCCGCGCGGACCUGCGCGGCGUCGGCCUCAGAAGCGUCGCCGCCAACCUCGGCGCGGCGAUGCCCGUGGAAGACCUGCCGUGGCUCGCCGGCACGAAGAGCAUCACCGCCUACCGCAUACAUACGAUCUUGAGAUUGCACGUCCUCUCGCAGGACACUGCCGCUGGCUUCGAGGGAAUAAUCGACGGACUACAGUGA